CGCGACUAAUUAAAGGAUGAAGGCAGCAGGCAACAAGAUGGAAGCCAGUACCUUCUUUGGUUAAUUUCGGCCGACAACUCCGGGUGUCCCUGGUUCUCCUCACUACCAAAUUCUUUCUCUCCUCUCCACGGUCGGCUGUGUGCACUCAAGUCUUAUUGUUGAAGUUGGAGAGAAAUGCGCGCCGUUGUUCAAAGGGUAGCAUCUGCCUCUGUAACCGUCGACAGUGAGACCGUCUCCCAAAUUUCACAAGGCUUGAUGGUUCUGGUUGGAAUAGGAAAAGAUGAUACUAUGGCAGAUGCGACGACUCUGAUCAACAAGAUCAUCAGAUUACGCGUCUUCGACGACACUGAGGGAAAAAUGUGGAAACGGAGCGUCAAGGACAUAGACGGCGACGUUUUAUGUGUAUCUCAGUUCACUCUUUUCGCAAACACAAACAAAGGAUAUAAGCCUGACUUUCAUCAUGCAAUGGCUUCAGAUUCGUCUCGAGAACUCUAUUCAUCGUUUCUCGAAAAGCUGAAAGAAGCAUAUAUACCGGAAAAGAUCAAAGACGGGAGAUUCGGCGCGAUGAUGAAUGUUUCGCUCACAAACGAGGGACCUGUAACCUUCACGAUAGACACCAGGAAGCUCGGGUAUGUCGAUGCUUAAUAUAGAAUGUCUAAUAACUCGAAUCACGGCAAAUACGAGCACACCCUCUGUUCAUCUUCUGUCACAAUAACGCCUUCGUUCGCCGAUCAGUCCAGAGGAAUAAUGUACUCUCUAACCGCAAUCAAGGUCCCCUUCGC